GCUGGUUGUGACAUAAGUCUGAGUUCGCUCUGGUUGCAUGUAAAGUUUUGGUUAAUUUAUCUCCUUUUUAACUGAAAGGUCUACCAGCAACACCAUGUUUGCCGUCAGAAACGCUCUCCGUCUCGGCUCCAGGUUGUCCAUCCCCGCGGUGGCGAGGAGAGGAUGCGCCGGGGCUUCUUCCAUCCCGGUGGACGACGUGGUGAACGGACUCACCGAAGACCAGAUUCAGCUCAGACAAACGGUUCGUAAGUUCUGUGAAGAGAAACUUGGACCUCGUGCCGACGAGAUCGACAAGACAAAUGAGUUUCCAGAAAUACGGGAGUACUGGAAAGACAUGGGGGAGAUGGGACUCCUCGGGAUCACUGCACCAGUGGAGUAUGGAGGCACAGGACUGGGCUACCUCGAUCACGUCCUCGUGAUGGAGGAGAUGUCCCGAGUGUCGGCAGCCAUUGCUCUCUCUUACGGCGCCCACUCUAACCUCUGUGUCAACCAGAUGGUUCGCCACGGCAACGAGAAACAGAAGGAGAAGUACCUGCCAAAGUUAUUAUCAGGAGAGCACGUAGGAGCCCUGGCCAUGAGCGAGCCCAACGCUGGCUCCGAUGUCGUGUCCAUGAAACUCAAAGCUAAGAAGCAAGGUGACUACUAUGUUCUGAAUGGCAACAAGUUCUGGAUCACAAAUGGGCCCGAUGCCGAUACGCUGAUUGUUUAUGCAAAGACGGAUCCUGAGGCCCAUCAGAAAGGCAUCACAGCUUUCAUCAUUGAGAAGGGGAUGCCUGGAUUCUCUACAGCACAGAAGCUCGACAAACUCGGCAUGAGGGGCUCCAACACCUGCGAGCUGAUCUUUGAAGACUGCAAAGUCCCAGCGGAGAACAUGCUCGGUCAGAAAAACAAAGGCGUUUAUGUGAUGAUGAGCGGUUUGGAUCUGGAGCGGCUGGUGCUUUCAGCAGGACCUUUAGGCAUCAUGCAGGCCGUUCUGGACCACGCCGUCCCCUACCUGCACGUCAGAGAGGCCUUCGGACAGAAGAUCGGACACUUUCAGCUAAUGCAAGGCAAGAUGGCCGACAUGUACACCAGACUGAGCUCCUGUCGGCAGUAUGUGUACAACGUGGCCCGGGCUUGUGACAAAGGACACUUCAGUGCAAUGGACUGUGCUGGAGUGAUCCUGUAUUGUGCGGAGAACGCCACUCAGGUUGCUUUGGAUGGAAUCCAGUGUUUAGGUGGGAACGGCUACAUCAACGACUACCCCACGGGCCGCUUCUUGCGUGAUGCAAAGCUGUAUGAAAUCGGCGCAGGCACGAGUGAGGUACGCCGGCUCAUUAUUGGACGAUCCUUCAACGCCAUGUACAAAUGAUCACAGCUGAGAAGUGGCCAUCUUUAAAGACUGUACGAGUGGUUUGCCGUGGAUGAACACAGUUACUCACACCCCGGGCCUUAAACUGUAUGAACCGUUGCUGCUGUUGGGACGUCGCUGUUUCAGAAUCAUUGUCACACGGGAAUUUAGAUCAAGUUAUAUAAAAAUCACUUACAGUGCGGUUACAAGAUGAAUGGUAACAGGUGGAACAAAUUAAUUGGUGAUUCAGUAUUUUAAGUCGGUUAUGUUAACUAGAUGGAUAACCACUGUCAGUAAAGCUAUAUGAUUGUAAGCAUUUGAGCUUAUGAACAAGCUACAGUCAUGGAAAAAUUAUUAGACCACCCUUGUUUUCUUCAUUUCUUGUUAAUUUUAAUGCCUGGCACAACUAAAGGUACAUUUGUUUGGACAAAUAUAAUGAUAACAACAAAAAUAGCUCAUAAGAGCUGAUAUUUAGUCAUUUUUUAUGGUUUUCUUGAUGAUGAUUUUUGUUAUCAAGAAAACAAUGGAAAAUGUCUAGAUAUCAGCUCUUAAAUUCAACUCUUAUGAGUUAUUUUUGUUAUCAUUUAUUUGUCCAAACGUACCUUUUGGUGUACCUAAAUGUACCUUUAGUUCUACCAGGCAUUAAAAUGAACAAGAAAUUGAAGAAAAAGGGUGGUCUAAUAAUUUUUUCCAUGACUGUAAAUGCUUCUUCUUCACCAAGCCAUGUUGGUGUAUUAAGGGUCAUAGGAAUGAAUGGGUUCUGUAAACUACUAUUAAGGCAAACUGAUGUAUUUGCAGCUGAGCAGCUCAAGCCUCCAGGACACUGUUGAUUAGAUAACACCUGAGAGUGAAUUAAUACAUAAUCAAUUUUAGUGAUAUUAUAAAAUAUAUAACUUCCCUGACAUGUAUUUUAAUGAACUGUUUCUGAUCAAUAAGGAAAAAAACACCUGAUGUCUAAGCAUUCUGUUUUAGAGAAUUAGCAUUAGAAAACGUGUUUCACUGUUGUAUAAUGUCUGUUCGGUCCGACUGGAGGAAACACUCCUAAUGAUUUGUUUGUCUUCCCUUCUCCAAAGGACUUAUCAUAGAUGUAUAGUGUGAAUCGUAUAUCAUACAUGUAGUUUUGUUUGCCAUGAAUUAAAGAACUGUUUUAUUUA